AAACAGAUGACAAAGUACCUUGGACUGAAUCACACACAGACAGCAUUUUGAGCAGAACGCACGGCUAAACUCUUGUAAUGACUGUUUUUGGCUGGCCGGGGCUGACGAGGGGAGAGCAAACACAGAGGAAAUAAGUUUUCUGAACCUUUUGAGAGGUGGCUGUGUAUUAAUUAAAGGCGAGGGCAAGACGGCUACUUCUCAGACACUCUCCAAGUUCGUGAGCUCACAGUUCACAUCACAUUUCCUCUGGAGGGAGUAGAUAAUUGGGACCUUUCUUUCUUUUUCUUUUUCUUUUUUUUUUUCUCUCCCCCCCCCCCAUUUUGGUCCUAUGGCCUUGAACCCACAGUGAAUUGAAGAGAGAAAGAAAUGGAUAUGUCUGACCCCAAUUUUUGGACUGUGCUUUCAAACUUUACUUUGCCUCAUUUGAGGAGUGGGAACAGGCUUCGGCGAACACAAAGUUGCCGGACAAGCAACCGGAAGAGCCUGAUAGGCAAUGGGCAGUCACCAGCGUUGCCUCGGCCGCACUCACCUCUCUCUGCUCAUGCAGGAAAUAGCCCUCAAGAUAGUCCAAGAAAUUUCUCCCCCAGUGCCUCAGCCCAUUUUUCAUUUGCCCGGAGGACUGAUGGACGCCGCUGGUCGUUGGCCUCUCUCCCCUCCUCUGGCUAUGGGACAAACACACCCAGCUCUACGGUGUCUUCAUCCUGUUCCUCUCAGGAGAAGUUGCAUCAGUUACCAUACCAACCAACGCCAGAUGAAUUACAUUUCUUAUCGAAACAUUUCUGUACCACUGAAAGCAUCGCCACUGAGAACAGAUGCAGGAACACACCAAUGCGUCCCCGUUCCCGAAGUCUGAGCCCCGGACGUUCUCCCGCCUGCUGUGACCAUGAAAUAAUUAUGAUGAACCAUGUCUACAAAGAAAGGUUCCCAAAGGCUACGGCUCAGAUGGAAGAACGCCUGAAAGAAAUUAUCACCAGCUACUCUCCAGAUAACGUUCUUCCCCUGGCAGAUGGAGUGCUUAGUUUCACUCACCACCAGAUUAUUGAACUGGCUCGGGAUUGCUUGGAUAAAUCUCACCAGGGUCUCAUCACCUCGCGAUACUUCCUUGAAUUACAGCACAAAUUGGAUAAAUUGUUACAGGAGGCUCAUGAUCGUUCAGAAAGUGGAGAAUUGGCAUUUAUUAAACAACUAGUUCGAAAGAUCCUGAUUGUUAUUGCCCGUCCUGCUCGGUUAUUAGAGUGCCUGGAAUUUGAUCCUGAAGAAUUUUACUACCUAUUGGAAGCAGCAGAAGGCCAUGCAAAAGAAGGACAGGGUAUUAAAACCGACAUCCCUAGGUACAUCAUUAGCCAGCUGGGACUCAACAAGGAUCCUUUGGAAGAAAUGGCUCAAUUAGGAAACUAUGAUAGUGGGACAGCAGAAACACCAGAAACAGAUGAAUCAGUGAGUAGCUCUAAUACUUCCCUGAAACUUCGAAGGAAACCUCGGGAAAGUGAUUUUGAAACAAUUAAAUUGAUCAGUAAUGGAGCCUAUGGGGCAGUCUACUUUGUUCGGCAUAAGGAAUCCCGGCAGAGGUUUGCCAUGAAGAAGAUUAACAAGCAGAACCUCAUCCUGAGAAACCAGAUCCAGCAGGCCUUUGUGGAACGGGAUAUCUUGACUUUCGCAGAGAACCCCUUUGUGGUCAGCAUGUAUUGCUCUUUUGAAACAAGGCGCCAUUUGUGCAUGGUCAUGGAGUAUGUGGAAGGGGGAGAUUGUGCUACCUUAAUGAAAAACAUGGGCCCUCUUCCUGUGGAUAUGGCCAGGAUGUACUUUGCUGAGACGGUUUUGGCCUUGGAAUAUCUGCAUAAUUAUGGAAUUGUACACAGGGACUUGAAACCAGACAAUUUGUUGGUCACCUCCAUGGGGCACAUCAAGCUGACAGAUUUUGGAUUAUCUAAAGUGGGACUAAUGAGCAUGACCACCAACCUUUAUGAGGGUCAUAUUGAGAAGGAUGCACGUGAGUUCCUGGAUAAACAGGUCUGUGGCACACCUGAAUACAUCGCACCAGAAGUGAUUCUGAGGCAAGGAUAUGGGAAGCCAGUGGACUGGUGGUCCAUGGGGAUUAUCCUCUAUGAAUUUCUUGUUGGAUGUGUGCCAUUCUUUGGGGAUACUCCAGAAGAGCUAUUUGGGCAAGUCAUCAGUGAUGAGAUCAACUGGCCUGAAAAGGAUGAGGCCCCCCCGCCCGACGCCCAGGAUCUGAUUACCUUGCUUCUCAGGCAGAAUCCCCUGGAGAGGCUGGGAACAGGUGGUGCCUAUGAAGUCAAACAGCACCGAUUCUUCCGUUCUUUAGACUGGAACAGUUUGCUGAGACAGAAGGCAGAAUUUAUUCCCCAACUGGAAUCUGAGGAUGACACCAGCUAUUUUGACACUCGGUCAGAGAAGUAUCAUCAUAUGGAGACAGAAGAAGAAGAUGACACCAAUGACGAGGACUUCAGUGUGGAAAUCAGGCAGUUUUCUUCUUGUUCACAUAGAUUUUCAAAAGUUUUCAGCAGUAUAGAUCGAAUAACUCAGAAUUCAGGAGAAGAAAAGGAAGACUCAGGAGACAAAACCAAAAGCACAGCCUUGCCAUCCACGGAAACAUUAAGCUGGAGUUCAGAAUAUUCUGAAAUGCAACAGUUAUCAACAUCCAACUCUUCAGAUACUGAAAGCAACAGACGCAAACUCAGCUCUGGCCUGCUUCCCAAACUGGCUAUUUCAACAGAAGCAGAACAAGGUGAAGCUGUCCCCUGCCCUGGAGACCCCCGAGAGGAGCCAGAGAAGCCAGCCCUUCCUCCUGAAGAGGGGGCGCAGGAGGACCCUGAGGUCACCACCCCUGCCAGCACCAUCAGCAGCUCCACUCUGUCAGAUAUGUUUGCUGUUUCCCCACUGGGAAGUCCUAUGUCUCCCCACUCCCUGUCCUCAGACCCUUCUUCUUCACGAGAUUCCUCUCCCAGCCGAGACUCUUCAGGAGCUUCUGCCAGUCCACAUCAGCCUGUUGUGAUCCACAGUUCGGGGAAGAACUAUGGCUUCACCAUCCGAGCCAUCCGGGUGUAUGUGGGAGACAGUGACAUCUAUACCGUGCACCAUAUCGUCUGGAACGUAGAAGAAGGAAGUCCAGCGUGCCAGGCGGGACUGAAGGCUGGGGAUCUGAUCACACACAUCAAUGGCGAGCCAGUGCACGGACUAGUCCACACGGAAGUUAUAGAGCUCCUGCUAAAGAGUGGAAAUAAGGUGUCAAUCACUACUACCCCAUUUGAAAACACAUCAAUCAAAACAGGACCAGCCAGGAGAAACAGCUAUAAGAGCCGGAUGGUGAGGCGGAGCAAGAAAUCUAAGAAGAAAGAAAGUCUAGAAAGGAGGAGAUCCCUUUUCAAAAAGCUAGCCAAGCAGCCUUCUCCGUUACUCCACACCAGCCGAAGUUUCUCCUGCCUGAACCGGUCGCUGUCCUCAGGAGAGAGCCUCCCUGGCUCACCCACUCACAGCCUGUCUCCCAGGUCUCCCACGCCAAGCUACCGCUCCACCCCCGACUUCCCAUCUGGAACUAAUUCCUCCCAGAGCAGCUCCCCGAGUUCUAGUGCCCCCAAUUCCCCAGCCGGAUCGGGGCACAUCCGACCCAGCACCCUUCAUGGUCUAGCCCCCAAACUCGGGGGACAGAGGUACCGCUCAGGAAGGCGUAAGUCGGCUGGCAGCAUCCCACUCUCCCCAUUGGCCCGGACACCCUCUCCGACCCCACAGCCUACCUCUCCUCAGCGGUCACCGUCCCCUCUUUUGGGACACUCUCUAGGCAAUUCCAAGAUCGCGCAAGCCUUUCCCAGCAAGAUGCACUCCCCACCCACCAUCGCCAGACACAUCGUGAGGCCCAAGAGCGCAGAGCCGCCCCGGUCCCCGCUGCUCAAGCGCGUGCAGUCAGAGGAGAAGCUGUCGCCCUCCUACAGCAGCGACAAGAAGCACCUGUGCUCACGCAAGCACAGCCUAGAGGUGACUCAGGAGGAAGUGCAGCGGGACCAGUCCCAGCGGGAGGUGACGCUGCAGAGCCUGGAGGAGAACACGAGUGAUGCGCCACCCCUGAGCCGCGCCCGGCCCGUGGAGCAAGGCUGUCUGAAGCGCCCAGUCUCCCGGAAGCUGGGCCGGCAGGAGUCUGUGGAUGAGCUGGACCGGGAUAAGCUGAAGGCCAAGGUGGUGGUGAAGAAGCCAGACGGCUUCCCUGAGAAGCAGGAAUCCCAUCAGAAGUCCCAUGGGCUAGGGAGUGACUUGGAAAAUCUUGCUAUCUUUAAGCUAGAAGAGAGAGACAAGAAAAUCCAUCCGAAGCCUUUAGAAAGGUCAAACCAUUUUGAAAGCAAGUCCGCCAUGCAGGAAGGCCAGUCUCUGGGCAGUUUGCUGAAAGACGCUCUUCACAAGCAGGCCAGCGCCCGUGCCACUGAGGGUGUGGCCUCUGAUGGGGCCUUGGCUGGCUCUGGCCUGGCACACGGUGAGCACAGCCAAGGUGGCAGGGACUUCAAACAGGUCUCCAUUCCUGGGACCCUCCAGGACGGUCUCUGUCACUCCAUUGAUAGGCCCCCCUCCGGGAAGGGGGAAAACACAGAGAAGACCAAGGAACUUCUCCGAUAUGAGAAGUUAGACAGCAAGCUGGCCAAUAUUGAUUACCGCCGGAGGAAAAUGUCCCUUGAAGACAAAGAUGACAGUCUCUGCCACAUGGUGAAGCCCAAGACGACAGCUAGUCCCCAUGAAAGCCUGCCAGGGAACUCAGUCCGGCCCGCAGGUGGGCAGCAGGAGCCCCCCACAGCCUCCGAGAGCCGAGCCUUCAUCAGCAGCUCCCACGCAGUUCAGAUCAGCACUGGCUCUUUUGUUCCCCUCAAGGGCUUAGCUGGCCGGGUGGACAGUGGAGCAGAGAAGCCCGGCUUGGUUGCUCCUGAGUCUCCUGUGAGGAAAAGCCCCUCGGAGUAUAAGCUGGAAGGCAGGUCUGUAUCGUGCCUAAAGCCCAUUGAGGGCACUUUAGACAUUGCUCUCCUGUCUGGACCUCAGGCCUCUAAGACAGAACUGCCUUCACCAGAGCCUGCACAGAGUCCCAGCCCAGGUGGUGAUGUGGGACCCUCUGUGCCACCAGCUCUUCCCAGCAGCAGCAAGAAAAAGGGAGAAACUGCCAAUCCAAAAGAGUCUUCUCCUGUCUGCGUAAAGAUGAAUAAAUGCCAUCUGCUUGAGCCUAGGUUCCUGCCCCCUAGUCGGGGUCUCCAGAAUUCACCAGCAGCUCCCUUGCCUGACUCAGAACUAAAGCAGAACAGGAAAGUUUCCCAUCCUGCUGCCAGAAGCACAAUGACAGUCAUGGGAAACAAUCCCCAGUGGAGAGAGAGUGCCCCCCCCAAGCACCAAGACCACACCACUGACACCCAGCUCCUCCCCUGCCCGGGGCAGGGCCUCCAUGGCACUGACCCAGCCAGGCCACGUGGCCCACUCCCACCUGGAGGUACCUCCUUCAGGGAGAAGCCAGGCUCGAGAGAAUCCUCUGAAAGGGGCCCUUCCAUAGCCCGAAGUGAGAGGUCUGCUACGCGGGCUGAUGUAUGCAGAGACUCCUCUGUGGAGCCGUGCCUGCCAGGAACUUCUAAAGCCAGUGACAACCCCAGAAAUCUCCCCUCUGUGGGAAGGGCCCACCCAGAUUUCUACGUGCAGACCCAGGCCAUAGAGAAAGCAUGGGGGCCUUGUGGGAAAACCAGUCACAGGGAUGGCCAGGAAGAGGUAAAGCUGCUGGCCAGAGAGGAUUCCUCUUUGCAGUCAGCUGAGGGUCUGUGUGAGAAACAGCUAGGCAAGGUGAGAAGUGGCCCGGAACCCAAGUCUGAUGCCCCUCCUGCCAGGCAGUCUCUGCAGCCACCUGGAAUUGAGAGUGGAAAGGGUGAAAAGCUCUCCACUUUCCCAUCUUUGCAGAAAGAUGGUCCCAAGGACCCUGAAAGGAAAGAGCAGCCUCUGCAAAGACACCCUGGCAGUAGCCCUCAGCAUACCUUGACCUCCAAGGAGCUGCCCAGCCUUGCCUCCUGGCAGCACUGCAAUGCCCCAAGCCAGGCUUCCAGCAGAGAGCUGGGGACCAGGGCCAGCUCUGCAGAACCCACCCUGGCCCCCCCAGAUCCCCCAAAGCCUGCUGCUUUGCGGGACCCCCUGGAUCCCCCAAAGCCUGCUGCUUUGCCCAGUGAAAGCAGUAGCCAUAAGCUCCGGCCGGCCCCUGACCCAGGCCCUGGCAAGUCUAAGCACCCAGACAAGUCCCUCUCCUUACAGAAACCAAGCAUCGGGUCUGCGAAGGACAAGGAGCCUGUCACUCAGCCACUGGCCAGCUCUAGCAGGGAGGGGAAGGGCAGCAGUAAGGGGGGGUUGGAUGUCUUCCCUGCCGUCCCAGGUUCUCAGAGCAAAGCCAGUGAUGCGACUGCCCAAGGAGAAAGUCGGCCCUCUGUCCCACCGCAUACCAAAGGGGGUCCUGCAGCCACCACACUGAAACCCACCAGUGGUGCGCAUCCCCCAGAGAUGCUGGACAAGCCUGCGCAUUUGCCGAGGCAAGGGCACCCAGGGAUUAGUGAGCCAGGGGAUCUGCAACCCUCCCCUGUCAGUGAAACGCAAAGCCUAUCUCCAAAGCACCCCCAACCAUCCACUGUGAAAGAUUGCCUCCCUCCGUGCAGACAGACAGACAGAAGCACGACGGGUCAGCAGGCCGCCGCCACCUCCACCACUGCCACCGACAGGAAGCCCGAAGGGAAGAAACGCACAGACGCACUUUACGUUCCGGCAGACGGCGCGAAGCUCGAGGCCAGCCCUGCCCUGGCACCCGGGGAGACCUGGCUGACGGGUGUGGAGAGGCCGGCCACGGCCACGGCCACGGGGGCAGGGAGGGGCUUCACAGAGGCCAAGGGGAAAGGGCCCAGUCCCCAGAAGCCGGUGCCUGAGGCGGGCAAGCCCAGCAGCAUGAAGCGGUCGCCCUCGGCCACGGGACAAAGUUCCCCACGCUCGGCUGCCCUCCUGGAAAAGUCUCUGAGCUACUCCUCCAGCUUUCCUGAAGCCAGGCCCACGGUCCGGGAGGCCUUUACAACCAACAGCGACACCUCUUUGGCUACGGCCAGUGGAGGCACAGUUGACCUCCCAGCCUCCAGCAACAGGGACCACAGGAAAUGUCCAUCUGGGGGGGAUGGCAGAACCCAAAUGACAAAGAGCGACUCUUUGCCAUCCUUCCGGAUUUCCACCACCACUCUGGAGUCACACCACCCCGACCCCGUCGCGACAGGCGGAGCCAGCCACCGGGACAGGGCGCUCUCAGUAAGUGCCUCCAUAGGAGAAGCCAAAGGGAAGGAGCCUGCCCCCGCCCAGCCGCCCCCAGCCCGGAAACAGAACGCGGGCCGAGAAGUGACCAAGACCUUCCCAGCCCCAAACUCGGACCGCCCGGUCACCCUUUCUUCUGAGAAGGACUUUGUGGUACGGCAGAGGCGGGGGAAAGAGAGUUUGCGUAGCAGUCCUCACAAAAAGGCCUCCUAACGGGGCAGAUCCUGGGGGGACGGUAGUGACCGGCCAGAAUGUGUGACUGUGUCUUGAUGACCUUUCGAAACCAGCACUGUGUGGGGAUGUUGCCAGGCAGAGCUUGGAGCCUCAUUGAGGAAGGAGAGAGAGACAGAAAGAGGGGACCUUCUUCCAGAUGCCUUCCCAGUUGUAACCGGUAAAACUGUUACCAGAUAGUGUUUGUACAAAAAAA